CAACAGGCUGGCAACCUCAUGAGCCCGUACAAAUCACGAAUUUAUUUCAGUAAACACAAAGAAAUGUCGAGACCAAAUUCAGAAAAAACAGCAGGUGCGCCAAGUGCAGGCGCUGUGCCACCUUACAGCUUUGAAUAUGAUAGUGCCGCUUCAAUGCGAGCUCCGCCGCCUUCGUACGAACAGAGCCAACAACAUCGGACCAAUUAUGCACCGUGCCCCCCGGGACCAGGAUGCAUGCCAAUGCAUGUGCCCAGCAAUCAGUACUACGGCAUGACGCAUCAUCAACAGCUGCCGACUUUGCAUCCUGGACUGGGAUAUGGUUUUCCAGGACCGAGCACAUCGGCUGGGGCAACGGCUGCUUCGCAUGUUAUAAAUGUUGAUUCGCGCGCAGAGUUGCGUACCACAUCCACUGGAGCUGUUGUCAUACCGCCACCGCCGCCCGGCUGCUUGCCGACAGCUGCCCAAUUGGCUGCGAUGCAAGGGCAGCCAGUGGUGGUGCAGCAAAAGAAACGUUCAUUCUUCUCCAGUUAAAUGAUUGGCAUUUGCAAUUACUCGAAUGACUAAUAAUUAUAUAAAUACAUACAUACUAUACAUAUAUAUAUGCUUUAAAAGAUUACUUAAUAAAUGAUGAUAUUUCGUCUUGUUCUCGCGUA